GCAUUGCGUAUGGCCAAGUUUACGCUACAGCAUUAGCGACUACCUACUAUGCCGCCAUUAUGGCACUGACAAUCAAAUACUUACUCGCCUCCUUCACGCCAUUGCUACCUUGGGCGACAUGUCAGCCGGAAUGGGGCGCCAAUUGUGCGUCAAUCACCACCUACAACUCCAGCGUAAUUGGCAAUACAUCUCAUGAGAAAUUGGUCUCCUCAGCAGAGUUGUAUUUCACCAAGGUAGUGCUGCGCGAAAAGGAUAAUAUUGAAGAUGGUAUCGGGGCGCCAAGUUUGGAUCUUGUGAUCUAUUUAUUUCUGGUAUGGGUUUUGAUUGCAGUUACUUUGAUUAAAGGCAUUCAAAGCUCCGGCAAAGCUUCGUAUUUUCUAGCCUUAUUUCCUUAUGUCGUACUUUUUAUUCUACUCGGGCGCGCACUAACUUUGCCUGGCGCCUGGGAUGGUAUAGUUUACUUCCUAAAACCGCAAUGGGAUCAGCUACUUAAUCCUGAGGUUUGGUAUGCUGCUAUUACACAGAUGUUCUUUUCGUUAGCCAUCUGCUUUGGCACGCUAAUCAUGUAUGCUUCAUAUAAUAAUUUUCAUAAGCGCGUUCACAAGGACGUAAUGAUCGUGACGACAAUAGACUCCAUUACCUCAAUACUCGCUGGUUGUGUUAUCUUCGGCAUACUUGGCAAUCUCGCGCUGGAAACCAACAACACAGAUAUAUCGAAAGUGGUUAAGGGUGGUGCAGGCUUGGCUUUCAUCUCAUAUCCAGAAGCUAUAGCAAAAUUUAAAUAUUUACCGCAAUUUUUUGCUGUGCUCUUCUUCUUCAUGCUCCUCGUAUUAGGUAUCGGCAGUAAUAUUGGCAUGUCUUCGUGUGUUAUAACAGUAUUUAAGGAUCGUUUUGAUCACAUACCACAAUGGGCAAUCACAAUCGGAUUCGCAAUCUGCAGCUUCCUUUGUGGCCUGAUCUAUACAACACCUGGCGGACAAUAUCUACUGAAUUUGGUGGAUUUCUUUGGUUGUUCAUUCAUUGCACUUUUUUUGGCCAUAGGCGAGAUUGUGACUAUUUCAUGGAUUUAUGGCGUCAAACGCUUCUGCAAGGACAUUGAGUUCAUGUGCAAUCUAAAGACCGGGUUCUAUUGGCGCAUCUGUUGGGCCAUUUUCACACCUGGUCUCAUGUUUCUCGUGCUUGUCUAUACGCUGAUCAACUACAAACCGCUUGAAUAUAAGGGUAUGGAGUAUCCGGAAUAUAUUUACAAUAUUGCUUGGCUGAUAUGGCUCAUUGGUGUGGGUCAACUGCCCUUUUGGGCUUUAUAUACCGUCUACAAGCAGCCGGGCAAUACUUUUAUGCAGAAAUUCAAUCGAGCCAUAAAACCAAAGUCCAACUGGGGUCCAGCGUCAGCUGAGCAAUUGGAAAAGUAUAUACUAUUUAUGAAAAAUUCACAGAAUCACAACCCUGAACAUGGUUGGACGUCGCGAAUUUAUGAUAACAUUUUCGGUUGAUUUCAAUCGAUUGAUUUUGUUUAUGUUUUUGAAGUACUUAAGUGCCUGAUUAACUCAAAUACACAGUUUUAUUAAGGAAAAAAGAAAUGCAAAGUUUUUAGUUU